CAUUGUCCAACCAACUGUCAAAAUUGAAGCUACCUUCUUUGGGUUAUCAAGUUCACUUUCAAUCAAGAAGUAAAUGUAAAUUAUCUAAUAGUACAAGCUUCCUCAGACGAGAAAUAGGCAAUGAGAAAUUUUACGGCAGUCAUUAUGUGCAAAUAAAAUCCAUAAAGUAGCGUCUCCCAACGGCAGCAAAGCACGGGUGUAUCGACGUAGGAAGUUGGCUUUAGGUAUUAUUUGUAAUAACUGCUGAUAAUUCGGUGCCAUCAGUAUGUCUGGACGAAGAAAGCCUCCACCACCAGGAUUUAACUUCCCACCCGUACCAGCGCCAGUGACUGUGACUCCACCAAGAAAUCUCGACAAACAGACCACUAUAACGGUAGAUGACAAGACCUUUACAGUGCACGCUGAUGACCUGGUGAAGAUAUGUGACCUUGGCCGUGGGGCUUAUGGUAUUGUGGAAAAGAUGCACCACAAACCUAGUGACACAAUAAUGGCAGUCAAGCGCAUAACAGCUACAUUCAACAACCAGUCCCUGGAGCUGAAGCGUCUACUGAUGGACCUAGAUGUCUCGAUGAGAGCCAGUGCAUGCCCAUAUACAGUACAUUUCUAUGGAGCCAUGUUCAGAGAGGGUGAUGUGUGGAUUUGUAUGGAAGUCAUGGACAUGAGCCUUGAUAAAUUCUACACCAAGAUCUAUAAAAACAAUAGAACCAUACCAGAAAAUAUUCUUGGGAAAAUAUCUUUUUCAGUAGUCAGUGCCUUGCACUACCUGCACUCCCAACUCAAAGUGAUCCAUAGAGAUGUGAAGCCUUCCAAUAUUUUGAUCAACAGAAAAGGUGAAGUUAAGAUGUGUGACUUUGGUAUUUCUGGCUAUCUUGUAGACUCAGUUGCUAAAACCAUUGAUGCGGGUUGCAAACCUUACAUGGCUCCUGAGAGAAUUGAUCCGUCUGGUAAUCCAGGGCAGUAUGACAUUCGCAGUGACGUUUGGUCACUUGGCAUAUCUAUGAUAGAGUUGGCGACAGGUCAGUUUCCAUACAGCAAUUGGGGGACUCCCUUUGAGCAAUUAAAGCAAGUGGUCAAAGAUGAUCCACCAAGGCUACCGAGUGGCCAGUUCUCGCCAGAGUUUGAAGACAUGAUUGUGAAAUGUCUGCAGAAAGAUUACAAGAAGAGGCCAAACUAUGAUGCACUACUGGCCCAUCAGUUUUGUCAAGAGCAUAGUCAAAAGGAGACUGAUGUAGCUUCCUUUGUUCAAGAAAUACUAGACUUACCUGAUGACUCCUAGUGAUAGGAAUAUGUAUUUUACUUUAAGUACCUUUAAGUACAAGUGUUUAGUGAUUACUAACAAUAAUCUAGAUUGUUACUGGAGAAUUAUGUGAGAUAAUUGUUAUUAACAAAUUAAUUUAUGUAUGUUUAACUGACAGGUCCAGCCAAAUGUAAGUUCAGAAGUCAGACUGGCAGAAAAAAACAUUAUUUUCAUGUCACAUAAAUCAAAACUUAAUUUGUGAUACAUGUUUAAAAUUCAAGUAGAACUAUUCAAUGUAAAUGAGUAGUCACUAGGUGGUAUAGUAGUUCAUUAAAUUAAGUUUGAUUGUAUAAUCAAUUGUAUAAAACGGAGUACGCCUUUUAUGUCUAUGUACAUAGGUACAUAUGCCUUUAUUAAUUUUAA